AAUUAUGUGUGAAUUUAACCACAGAUAGCUGCUUCUCCCAAAGGUAACAUCCAUUUCCCAAGUCAACAUUAACAGAAUAAUCUUGUACAAAUAAAAAUUGCAUUGCACAUAUAUUUUAUUUAAAUCAUGUCAAUGAAAAACGUAAAUGCUGAAAUGUUUAGCUGUGGUUGUGCAUGGCAGGGUAACAGUAUACAGAUAACAAACAUGUGGCCCUCUCAUGUCCUGGGUAGGUAGCAAAUAAAGCUCAGAGUAUGGGUGUAAAACUGUCGGGUUUUAAUGACUAACUUUAGCCUUUUGGAAACACAUUGUAUGCCUGUGGAAAUAUGGCUUUCCGUCGUUGUCAGUGGCAUGAUUUGUCUCCGUUGCGCAAAAUUAUUGUGACUAUUUUUUUUAUAUAUAUUUAGAGUAGAAAGGGAAAUAAAAUAAAAUAAAAUGAAGUAAAGGAAAAAUAGCGGGAUUUCUAAAAUCAACGACAGACCGGAGUGUCACGUUUAAGCAGGUUUAAGCCAGUGAUAUUCUGUAUUCUCAAACACACAUGGAUGACUGUGAGAAUUAAGAAAGUCCGUAGUAAGUUUAUUCAACAAGUAAAACAUUGUUCAAUAUUAUAUGCGUUGAUAUGCAUACAAGGCAAAUACGGUGAUUACAAAGCACAUUUAAAAUGAUAUGUCAUUAUUUGAAUGAACAACACCGUCGGUAAAAACAGGAAGCCAGAGUAGCAAAGUCCUUACUUUCAUUCAUUCUUUUCGUUUAAUGAAUGGAAACGAAAACCAAUCGAUAUUUGAAACCUAAUGAUUGACUUCAUAAGAUUAUUUCGAUAACCAAAGUUGUCCUUGUACACUAUAUUCUAUCAGGAUAAAAUGAUGAUGGCACUGAAUAAUUAUUCAAGAACACAAUUUGCCAUAAUCCUAAAUUAUUAAAACAAACAGAAUAAGUCACUCGUUUUAACAGUUCUAUAAGGUGUAGCCAGUAAUUCCAGUACUAAUAAAGAUCUAAAUAAAAACAUUUAAGGAUGCAUCUUAACUAAACUAACAAAUAGGCCUAUAUAGGGACAUUCCUAAAAGACAGGGUUAACCUAACUGAAAGCACGACUCUUUAAUGCAGUGUUAGACAGCACGGACUCCAGUUAUAACAAAAACCGUCAUAAUGCUGCUAAUGUUUUGGUUUAUUUUAAGAAAAAAUAUAAAUAAGACAUUUCGCUGUCGUCCUAUCUGAAAAGACUGUUCUCUAAAAGUAGUCUACGUCAACUGAGUUAAUAAUGUGCAUUUCUUAUUUAGCCUAAAAUAUAUUCUUAAACCUACCGAUUACCUUCAGAUAAAAUAUGACGAGGAAUACGAGUUAUUAAACGUGGGGGAAUAAUCCGAAAAUGUGCCAAACCAAAAGACUGCGAGAGUUCAGACGCUGUUUUUCUUAUGUCUCCUCAGUGUCGGUGUAUUUCCCGUCCACUCGCUAGUCGCUACCGAUAUACCUUUAGAUUUAGUUGUGUAUAAAAUCCCAGGAUUAAUUUGUCGUCGAGCAAGUAAAAGCGAUGACGCAUCGAGCGUUGAUUGGACGGCUGCGCCUGGAUCCCUCCCUUUAAAUUUUCACAGGAGUGCGUCCGGUGCUCUAAAACACAGCCACACUGGAAGACGCUACCGCCAACACACUCCAAAAAGACACCGUGCACUUUUUUAUCCUCAUGGAAAUCUGGGAGCGGUGAUUACAGAAAACACAGACAACGGAACAAGCUGUUUUGACUACUGAGAGAAAGGGCGUGCAACUGUCCGACUACAGACCUCGCUGGUGUGAUGGACUUUUGAUUGCAACUCGCUGAAAAAAGCAACGAAUUUAAGGACUUUCUUUUGGGGCACUGGCAUUCGGAAGGCUGAUGAUUUAAUUCGGUGACCUCAUUGCGCAUGUGCCCCGAGCACAAAUAACAAGAUUGUCUGUUUUUAAAAUAAAUAUACAGAUUUUUUUAUCUUAAUAGUUUCCUUAUUCUCUUAAAUUGGCUCCCGUACAAACAGCCGCGUUGGAUCCCUCGGGUUACUGCGAGACUCCGGUAUAUAAUCCGGAUCUCUGCCCAAAUAUGAUAGCUGCCCAAGCUAAACUGGUAUACCAUCUCAACAAAUAUUACAACGAGAAAUGCCAGUCCCGCAAAGCAGCCAUCUCCAAAACCAUCCGAGAGGUGUGCAAGGUGGUGUCGGAUGUCCUGAAGGAGGUGGAGGUUCAGGAGCCGAGGUUCAUCAGCUCCCUUAGUGAAAUGGAUGGACGUUUCGAGGGUCUGGAGGUGAUAGCUCCAACAGAGUUCGAAGUGGUCCUCUAUCUAAAUCAGAUGGGGGUGUUCAACUUCGUGGACGACGGUUCCCUUCCGGGCUGCGCCGUGCUCAAGCUCAGUGACGGCCGAAAGAGGAGCAUGUCUCUGUGGGUCGAGUUCAUCACCGCGUCCGGCUACCUCUCGGCACGCAAGAUCCGCUCCCGGUUUCAAACGCUCGUAGCCCAGGCUGUCGAUAAGUGCAGUUACAGAGAUGUGGUCAAAAUGGUUGCAGACACGAGUGAGGUGAGGUUACGCAUCAGAGACAGAUACGUGGUCCAGAUUACCCCGGCUUUCAAAUGCACGGGGAUAUGGCCACGGAGCGCGGCUCACUGGCCUAUGCCCCACAUCCCUUGGCCGGGUCCCAACCGGGUCGCAGAGGUAAAAGCCGAAGGUUUCAACCUCCUAUCUAAGGAAUGCUACUCGUUAAACGGUAAGCAGAGCUCGGCUGAGAGCGACGCCUGGGUCUUGCAAUUUGCAGAGGCCGAAAACCGCCUCCUUUUGGGAGGGUGCAGGAAGAAAUGUCUGUCGGUUCUGAAAACACUGCGUGACCGUCACCUUGAACUCCCAGGGACGCCCCUCAACAACUACCACAUGAAAUCUUUGGUCUCCUACGAGUGUGAAAAGCAUCCCAGGGAAUCGGACUGGGACGAAAACUGUCUCGGAGAUCGACUGAACGGGAUUUUAUUGCAACUUAUUUCGUGUUUGCAGUGCAGGAGAUGUCCCCAUUAUUUCCUACCUAACUUAGACCUUUUCCAAGGAAAACCACAUUCCUCCCUGGAAAACGCGGCCAAACAGACUUGGCGACUGGCAAGAGAAAUUCUAACCAACCCUAAAAGCUUGGAGAAACUCUGAGGUAAAAAUCACAACAACAUGUUUGUACAAAAAUGUGCACUAUAUGUGGACUAUCCGCUAGUCCAGAGGCCUAGACGAAGUUUAUCAAGGACUACACGAACAGAAUGGCCAUUGCUGUUCAGUCUUAUCCACCGUCUUACAUGUGCAUCUAUUUGCCUACUUCAUGGAUAACAAUUAUUUUAGAUACACCGUCUAAAAUAGUUUUCAUGCCAAGAAAUUACUGUCACGACCUUAUAUUUUGUGAUGUCAUCAUUUGGACACAAAAAUCCAUCAACAAUCAAAUUUGGAGGUUAAUAUGUCAGUGUUAUUUCUUCUACCCGUGUCCUAUAAUUCGGUUUCUGCUUAAAUGCUUUAAAUAAAGCCCGUGAUGAGCCUUGACAAAACCUUAACUGUACAUUUUUAUAUUGUAAAUAGGCAACAUACAUUCAUAGAUUGUGAUUCCAGUGGUCUGAAAAUUGUGAAUGUUGUUCUGUGACACGUAAAAAUAGAGUUCAGUUCCACCUGUUUAAGGAUAACGCCUGAUUUACCCCCCCUGACAAGAAAACAAUAUAGAAUGCAUCAGUGCUAGUUUAUCAAUGUCAGUGGAACGUUUCUAAUUUUUUUUUUAAAGUUUACAUUUUGAUGGUACGUAGGCCUAUUUGUUAAAUUUUGAAACAUUCCAUAAAUAUACUUGAAUCAUUAUUUAAUCUAUAUCUGAUCAUUUUGUUUAUACCCUGUCUACAUGGUAAAAGCUGAAAAUAAGGAAAUAUAUAUAAAAGAUACCUGAGAAAAUGCACUUAAAAUACACUGGAAUAUAAUUUUUUUGUGAUUUGAUUUUUUAUCUCUGUCUCUGAAUUUAUUUAAAGAGUUAAUAAAAACUGAGUCAUA